AUGUCAGACUCCAAGCCGAAAGAAAACCCGUAUCUUGCACAUCUUCCACCAUCUCAGCGCGGUGUAAGCACUCCUGGAGCGAAGGAUCCACUUUAUGGCUUUUUGCCACGGAGGGUCAAGGGGGAGCAAGUGAAAAAUGCGAUGGACGGAGACGUGAAUCCAUUCACGAAGCAACCGCAUUCGGCGCAGUACAAGAAGAUCUUGGCCGCCCGCAGAAAGUUGCCCGUUUUCACUCAGAUGGACGAGUUUCUGAAGAUUUUCAGUGAAAAUCAGAUCAUCGUCAUGGUUGGAGAGACUGGAUCGGGGAAGACGACUCAAAUACCCCAGUUCGUGGCGUACUCAGAUCUACCACACACCAAGGGCAAGCUUGUGGCAUGCACACAACCGAGACGAGUUGCAGCAAUGUCGGUAGCGAAACGCGUCGCAGACGAGAUGGAUGUCCAACUCGGAAGACAUGUCGGCUACUCGAUUCGUUUUGAAGAUAUGACAGAACCUGGCACGACUUUCCUAAAGUACAUGACUGACGGUAUGCUUCUUCGUGAAGCCAUGAAUGAUCCCAAGCUUGAACGGUACUCUACCAUCAUCCUCGACGAAGCACACGAACGCACCCUCGCCACGGAUAUCCUCAUGGGCCUGCUGAAGAAAAUCGCGAAGACACGGUCCGACCUCAAAAUCAUCGUUAUGUCUGCCACGCUUGACGCAGUCAAGUUCCAAAAAUACUUCAGCGUCCGGUCGGGUGUUAGCGCGCCGCUGUUCAAGGUGCCCGGUAGAACACAUCCCGUCGAGGUGUUCUACACGCAGGAACCUGAGCCGGACUACGUGGAGGCGGCCCUCCGGACCGUGCUCAUGAUCCAUCGAGCCGAAGAUCCUGGCGACAUCCUGCUAUUCCUUACGGGAGAAGAGGAGAUCGAGGACGCAUGCAGAAAAAUCAAGAUCGAGGCGGACGACUUGAUCAACCAAGAUCCUGAUUCUGUUGGGCCCCUCGUCUGCAUACCGCUUUACUCUUCCCUGCCGCCACAGCAGCAGCAGCGUAUCUUCGACCAAGCACCGUCGCCACGGGUGCCAGGCGGUCCACCUGGUCGAAAAGUUGUUGUCUCGACUAACGUGGCGGAGACGUCGCUCACGAUAGACGGCAUCGUGUACGUCGUCGACCCCGGGUUCUCCAAGCAAAAGGUGUACAACCCCCGGAUACGAGUCGAAAGCUUGCUUGUCAGCCCGAUAUCUAAGGCGUCUGCACAACAGCGAGCGGGUCGUGCCGGUCGUACACGUCCUGGGAAAUGCUUCCGGCUUUACACGGAGAAGGACUUCAUGAAGCAGCUGGAAGAGCAGACGUAUCCUGAGAUUCUGAGAAGUAACUUGAGUAAUACGGUGCUUGAGCUGAUGAAGCUUGGUAUUACUGACCUCGUUUCAUUCGAUUACGUCGACGCACCUGCCCCAGAGACUUUGAUGCGUGCUCUGGAACUCCUAAACUACCUCGCUGCUCUCGAUGAUGAUGGCAAUAUCACUCCUCUUGGGAAGAUGAUGGCCGAGUUCCCACUCGAUCCUCAACUUGCGAAAAUGUUGAUUGUCAGCCCCGAGUUCAAGUGCAGUAAUGAAAUAUUGACAAUUACUGCUAUGUUGUCGGUACCCAACGUCUGGAUGCGCCCGAACAACCAACGACGCGAAGCAGACGCUGCAAAGGCCAAGCUCACGGUGCCGGACGGCGACCAUUUGACGAUGUUGAAUGUCUACAACCAGUACAUGCAGAAUAAGCACGAUAAGACCUGGUGCUGGAAUAACUACCUGAACCAGCGUGUCCUUGUACAGGCCGAAAACGUUCGAGCACAGCUACAACGCAACAUGGAACGUUUCGAAAUCGACCUCGUUUCGUUAUCGGACGAAAGGAAGCUCUUCAUCCACAUUCGACAAGCCCUCAUCUGCGGCUUCUUCAUGCAGGUUGCGCACAAGGAGGGCGAGAAAGGGAACUACCUCACCGUGAAGGACAACCAGGUCGUUGCUUUACAUCCGUCGUGCGGUCUAGACACCCAGCCUGAAUGGGUCAUCUUUAACGAGUUCGUGCUGACCACCCGACCGUACAUCCGGACGGUGUCCGAUGUAAGAGUUGAAUGGCUUGUUGAGUUCGCGGCGAACUAUUUUGAUCUCGCUUCGUUCCCCGAUGGAGAAACGAAGCGUGCACUGCAAAGGGCGUGGGCGAAGAGGUCGGGCAAGGAUGUAAGUUGCGGCGAUGGGAAGGGCGACGGGAAGAAGGUAUCGAAGAAGAGGAAGAUGGAUGGGUCUGGCCAGGACGGACGGGGUUGA